UUAAGAUGAUUUUAUAAGAUAGUAAAAUUUGGAACGGUGUCGUUCAAUGAAUACAAAGAUUUAUUGCUUUAUUUUUUUUUUUUAAUCUUUCUUGAAACAAAAAAUCCAAAGGAGGGAAACAAACGGCUUAUCUCCUUGUCCUUCUCAGUUUCAACAAACAUGGAGGACUCCCUCCCAACCAUUUCCAACCCACAAACUCAUGAACAACCACCUCAAGCUUCUUCGUUAGCCGAGAAAGAAAUCGGCAACCAUGGACUUACCAAGAGGAUUCUACGUCAUGGAAACUCUUGGCAAACACCAUUUCCCGGUGAUGAAGUUGAAGUUCAUUACAGUGGGCACGUUGAGAAUGGUUCUUCAUUGGGAUCAAGUCAGGAAAAAGGCACUCCUUUCAAGUUCAAAUUGGGACAAGGUGAAGUUAUAAAAGGCUUGGAUGAAGGGGUGGUCACUAUGAAGAAAGGGGAGAAGGCCGUUUUCAAGGUACCACCUCAUUUAGCCUAUGGAGAGGCCGGUUUUCCACCUCUCAUUCCGCCUCAUUCAACCGUUAUCUUUGAUGUUGAGAUGAUGUCUUGGAGCACCAUAAGGGAUAUUACGAGGGAUGGAGGAGUACUAAAGAAGAUCAUAACCGAAGGAGAUGGAUGGGCGACUCCUAAAGAUGGUGAUGAGGUUUCAGUCAAGUAUGAAGCAAAGCUUGAAAAUGGCAUGGUGCAUUCUAACUCCGAGAGUGUGCAACUUCAUGUAGGCGAUGGAAAGCUAUGUCCUGCCAUCCAUAAAGCAGUGAAGACAAUGAGAAGGAACGAAAAAGCAGAGCUCUCUGUUAGAUUCUCUUAUGGGUUUGAAGUAGAAUUUGGACGCGAAGAAGCCAUAACAAGCACCCGAAGCUCCAACAUAACCAUCCUUCUUGAGUUGUUAUCUUGGAGAAGUGUUGUGGAUGUCCUAGGGGACAAAAAGAUCCUAAAGAAGGUUAUUUCUGCAGGGGAAGGUUUUGUAUAUCCGAAUGAGGGUUCUUUAGUAAAAGUGAUAUAUGUUGGCAAGCGAGAAGAUGGAGAAAUUUUCGAGCUAAAAGGGUCUAACGAAGAGCCAUUCGAGUAUAUGUGCUUAGAAGAUCAAGUUGAGGAGAGCUUAGACAAAGCAAUAAUGACUAUGAAAAAGGGAGAAAAGUCCCAAGUGUUAGUGUUUUCUGAUCAUGUGCAAGGAACUCCUGAAGCAUCAGAUACAGUUUUUGCUAAUCCAAAAGUUAUAUAUGAGGUUGAGCUGCUUGAUUUCACCAAGGAUAAACCUGUCUGGAAGAUGGACAAGCAGGAGAAGAUUGAAGCGUGUGAGAAGAAGAAGCAAGAGGGAAAUGCAUUGUUCAAAGCAGGGAAGUUCUGGCUUGCUUCCAAGAAAUAUGAAAAGGCUGUAAAAUGUAUUGAAUUCAACCACAAUUUCUCAGACGAGGAAAAGCAACAAACAAAGGCGCUGCUAUCAUCUUGCAAUCUAAAUAAUGCAGCUUGUAAACUUAAAUUGGAGGACUAUGUUGGAGCUGCAACACUAUGCACUAAGGUUUUAGAGAUUGAUCAAGUUAACACAAAGGCUUUAUUUAGAAGAGCUCAAGCAUAUUUGCACACUUCUGAUUUAGACAAAGCUGAAGCUGAUAGCAGAAGAGCUUUGACAAUUGAUCCAAAUAAUAGGGACAUCAAGCUUGUGUAUCAGAUGAUUAAGACUAAACAAAAGGAGCAUGCUUUGUACCAAGCUCAAUUGUUUGGUACAAUGAUUUCAAAAAUGAAUUAAAUUUGUUUAUUUGUAUCUAAAUUUUUGCUGUUACAUCUUAAUAAUCUCAUCAAAGAUUAUCAUACAGUAACAUUUAAUACACGAAUGGUGUUAUCAAUGAAAACUAUAUAUUUAAGACGUAUAUGCUCUUUUCUGAUUAAUUAAACAUUUUGUACGUUGCUCUACAAAUUUUAUAUAGUACUACGUACGUAAGAUUUG